AUGUCCUCCAGAAAUAACAGAAGCGCCGGGUUCUCGUUCUUGGGGAUGGUGGCUGGCGCCAUGGCUGCGCUGAAGCUGAAGAGCUCCUACGAUCAAUAUAAGCAAGUCUCCCCAGACGACGAAGAGGGCCGCCCCAUCUUCACGAGCCCCUCGCUCGAGAACCUGAACGCAGGCGCAGGCGGGGCCAUCGCGCUCCCCGAGACGCCUGGCGUCAACGGUCCGAACAGGCGCCUGAAGAAGAAAUCGGCGUGUUGCAUGUGCUGUGGACUCGACUGCACGCUCUUCUGGAAGGCGGUUGGUGUCGUGUUGGGCCUGUAUACGCUGUACUUCGGGUACAAGGCGAUUCGGUGGGCUCUGACUGACACACCCAAUGGUUUUGAGGGACUCCCCGAGUUCGGCUCUGUGGGCUGCACGGAUGCCUCGUAUACUUACAACAACACCGCCGUCACCAUCCACGCACCUAUCGGUACCCGUCAUCACGACCAUGCCCUCGACGUUCGUGGCUAUGCUGUUGGCACCAUCACCAUCGCGGACGACGCCCUCGACUCGAAAGACGUCAAGUAUGAGAUCCUUGUCAAGACGAAUAGCAAGGACCUGGAGAAGGACGUCGCCUUCGAUUAUCCUUACACCGACCCUAACGGCAUUGUCACCAAGAGCCGCCUGAUCAUGGACACCACCCGCAUCCCCGGUGUCGACUCGACCAAGUGCAUGAAGUACGACAUCAAGGUCUUCGUCCCGCCCAACCUCAAGAAACUCCAGAUCGGGUCGCACAGCUCCGUCACCCACGUCAAGUUUGCCGAGGGCUCGCGCAUCAACACCGACGACCUCUUCGUGACGCUGUAUGACAUGGACGAGCACAACAUGAUCGUCAUUAACGAGGACGUCAAGUCAAAGAAGGUGUCGCUCGAGGUCAUCCGUGGCUGGAUCGUCGGCGACGCGUCUGUCGUUGGAGAGGCGUCGAUUACCACCCAGCGUGGCGACGGAAAGUCCAACAUCAAGUUCCACCCCGCGCUUCCUUUCGACACUGCCAACCCUGAGAAGGUCGUUGUUCGCACUGUGACAGGGGCUGGCCGCUCUGACUUUGCGUUCAUCGGACGCAAGGAGGUCAAGCGCCCGAUCGACGUAACGCAUAUGUCGUCGCGCAAUGGAGAUCUGUACCUCACGUACCGCGAGGCCGAGUUCAACGGCAAAGUCGAGCUGAACACGAAAUCUUACACCGUUACUGGGGCUCGCUCGAUCCACGCUGGCUCUCGCACUCCGAGAAACGUGAGGAGGGACGACGAUGACGACAAGGAUGACGGAAACUGGACCCAUUAUGUGGGCGAUAAGGAGGGUGGAGACAAACUCUAUGUGAACUCGAGGGGUUGGGCCGGGCUUUAUUUCUGA